CCCUUCAAAAUCCAGUGGACAUACAUAAGAAUUGCCGUAGAAGUCAGUUGGAACAAAACAGCGCGCAUUGACGCAACGAAAAUCUAAAGUCGGAAGAAAAUAAGAGCAAGAAGAAACGUUGUUUUCUGGGUUUUGGGCCAUAGUUUGAUAUGGCUGCCACUCUCCAGAAACUUGCAGUAUUCGUGUCGGGCAUAUGGAUCUGCCUCCUGCUCCUCAACCCCUUUCCACAAACCGGGGCAGUGGUUGGGCACAGAGAGCCGAUGCCUGACGACAGUAGAGACAACAUCACUAUUUUCACCCGGAUCCUGGACAGACUGCUGGAUGGCUACGACAACCGGCUUCGCCCCGGACUAGGAGCAGAGAGUGUGACGGAGGUGAGGACUAAUAUCUACGUGACCAGCUUUGGACCGGUGUCAGACACAGACAUGGAGUACACCAUUGAUGUGUUCUUCCGUCAGAGCUGGAGGGAUGAGAGGCUGAAGUUCGACGGGCCCAUGCAGGUCCUGCCUCUUAACAACCUCCUGGCCAGUAAGAUCUGGACUCCAGACACCUUCUUCCACAACGGGAAGAAAUCUGUGGCCCACAACAUGACCACGCCCAACAAACUGCUACGACUGGUGGACAACGGUACCCUGCUUUACACUAUGAGGCUAACCAUCCACGCUGAGUGUCCCAUGCACUUGGAGGAUUUCCCCAUGGAUACACAUGCCUGCCCUCUGAAGUUUGGGAGCUAUGCGUAUACAAACAAUGAGGUUGUCUAUCUCUGGACCAAAGGAGAUGAGGACUCUGUAGUCGUAGCAGAUGAUGGGUCAAGGCUAAACCAGUAUGACCUACUGGGCCACGUUAUUGGGAAAGAAUCUAUGAUUUCCAGCACAGGAGAAUAUGUAGUGAUGACAACGUAUUUCCAUUUGAAAAGGAAAAUUGGCUAUUUUGUGAUUCAAACCUACCUUCCGUGCAUCAUGACUGUCAUCCUGUCUCAGGUCUCCUUCUGGCUAAACAGAGAGUCGGUUCCUGCCCGCACUGUAUUCGGGGUCACCACAGUUCUAACCAUGACAACUCUGAGUAUCAGUGCCAGGAACUCCCUGCCUAAGGUGGCCUAUGCCACAGCUAUGGACUGGUUCAUGGCGGUAUGCUAUGCCUUUGUCUUCUCUGCCCUGAUAGAGUUUGCCACAGUCAACUACUUUACCAAGCGCAGUUGGGCGUGGGAUGGCAAGAAAGAGGCCCAGGAGAUGAGGAGAAGAGAAUCGGCCUCUCUUUCCAAAAAGGCCAAUAACACAUUCAACAUUGUUGGAACUACAUACACCAUCAACGAGGCAAAGGACCCAGGUUUAAUCACCGUCUCCAGGAGUGCCACUACAGCUACACACCACCAACACCACCACCACCACCACCACAGCCACAAGGUUCCUAAAAUGGAUGACAAUUACGUGGAAGCCAUAAAGUCCUACAACCGUGUCAGCAGAGUGGACAAGAUCUCACGCAUCAUCUUCCCUGUGCUGUUCUUCAUCUUCAACCUGGUCUAUUGGGCCACGUACAUCAACAGCAAGCCGCCUCCCAAGUCCACCACCCACAAUUAACUCACCACGACUGAAUAUUAGACUGAGAUUGCAAGAGGCCGAGAGAUCCACCACAUGUUAUUGUAUCCUUGUUUUGGACUUCAUUUUGAUAUUUUCAAGUCUCAAUAGGUCGCAGACAAACAUUCUCGUAGAUUUGUAUGUACAUAGUUGAACUAUAAAUGUAAAUUUGUUGUUACCUGAUUAUAAGUUUGUUUGAUAGAAUAGCCGGAUGGUGUUUUCUCUUCUCUUGACAUGAUAAAGGGGAGCAUGUGUUUGAAUCCUUCAAGGUAGCUCAUUACAGAGGAUCAGGUCCUGGUAAAUCACUGUGUGUAAACACACAAUCUCACACCCACACACACAACACACACUCACACCAUUCACUCUGAAUUGCGUCAGGAUGCAGCAAGGAAAGCCAUUGGCUGCUUGUCGCUAUAGCGAGCUCUUAUAGCCAGGGGCAGCAUGUAGAGUUCCAUAGGGACAUCAUUAAUAAUCCUCAGUGUCUGCCCUUCUGCUAGCGCUGAAUCUCAACAGACCCAACGCAAUAUCAUCUGGAAUUGCUUUUGUGUCCUAUGGGCCUGCCUGUGUAUUUUCCAGUCCAGAGACUCCUAUUGUUUUAACAGGCUGAGUAUGUUUAAAGAGAAAGAAGCAGUGUGCCUUUUUGAAUACCCACAUCAUCAAGAUAAAGCUUUUGUCACAUACAUACAGUACAUACACACACACAAACACACAGUACACACACAAACACAAACACACAGUACACACA